AUGUUAAAAAUUUUAAUAGUUAUUUUAGUGAUGAUCCCAUUACUUUCAAUUUUAAAUGCUGUAAAUGGACAAAGUUAUCAAUGUUUGCUUGAUUGCUAUAAAAAUCAAAAAGAUUUUUCAUUUAUUUGUCCAUUGGGAUUACCAGUAAUUCCACAAUGUAGAGUACUUUAA